AUGGAUACAAAAACUGAUUUUUUCAAAUGGGAGGAUAGCCCAGGUCUUUACCACGGAUGUGGAGUUUGUGGGACAUGUCUUAACAGCCAAAAGGCAAGGAGGGCUUGCUAUGGAAAGCAUACGGAGCCAUGUUUGAGGUACCACCAAACGAUGUUCCAUAUCGGAAAUAGCCAUAAAUGCGAACCCUGUCGAAAGUCGAAUGAGCUUCACGAGAAGCGGCAUCGAGACAUUGCAGCGCUUGUGGAGCAGAUCUACGACCUCGACAGAGGAGAAGGGACGCGGACUAUCAAGUUUGCUGACCGGGUAAAUGCUCUCAGCGAAAAUAACACUGCACUUCCUUCCGUCUGGAACAAGGUAAAGGGGAGUAGAGGUGCCAUUACCCGAUCAACCAACCAGAACCCGUCUCUGAAGAGAACGCAGUCCAUCAAGGACAGGAGGGCGGAGAAGAGAGCGAUAAAGUUUGAGAAGAGUGUGGCCAAGUCGAUCAGACGCCAGGCCAGCCGGCCAGCGGUGCCGGGAGUCAUCCUGGCGAGCUCCAUUGAGUUUGUAGGCAAGGCCAUCCACCGAACCAGCCUGCUGGAGUCUUCCUGGGGGCCCGAGGACGCGGACGCUUUCUUUGUUGCCGGUAUCCAGCGGUUCCAGGCCCUGGAAAAGCAGGCUCGGGAGGCUGCCGCCAAACUGGAGCCAAACGGGGCAAACAACGAGUUAAGGGAGAAGGUGGGCUCUCCGUCUCGAGAGAGAGGAGAGUACGGGGGCGUCAACAAGGCUGAGCUACCGAUCAUCAGAGAGAUUCUGGCCGAGUUCAACAUCCGGAUCAACGAGAGAAACUCCAGCAAGGACCGCAAGGCGCUGCUCACCAAGCUGGCGGAGGCCAUCUUCGCAGACAUGGAGACGGUGUCGAACGAGGCGAGGGAGACCAUGAGACGCAGCGCUGCCUACUGGCGCUUCGCCAACAAGCGUACCUACAACGCCAUGGUCCGGAACAGCAAGAUCGUGAACUGGGAGACGGGCGAGAAGUUGACGGAGGAUCCGGUCGAGGAGUAG